AUGCGAUUCAUUGCAGAAUCAGUCUCUAUCAUAUUGAUAUUCCUUCACAAUUCUCUCCAAGACUGCAGAUCAUCAGCUGGUUUCACGACCUGUAGUAAUGAAUACUUACGAAGAAACAGUCCUAUGCGAAUCAAUGAUUACAAGAACAUCCUAGAGUUCAAAAUAACUUCCUUGGAAGAAAUACCAACAGGUUCUUUCAAAUUACUACCAGAACUCACGAUGCUGUUCAUCAGCAACAGCGAUGUGAAAUAUUUAGAAGAAGGUUCCUUCGAUGGACUUUAUAACCUCAGAAAACUUUCGUUGUAUGGUAACAAGUUGAGCAUGAUAACGAAUGGAGUAUUCAGACACUGUAGGAAACUUGAGACUCUGGACUUGGGCAUGAACAAGAUUGAAGAAAUACAAGCAGACUCUUUCAAUGAGCUGACUAACCUGAAGGACCUGAAUUUGGGGUUCAAUAAUUUACGAACUGUGCCUUCGAGUCUGAAUAUCUUGAGCCUAAGAUCUCUUAGGAUAUUGCACUUGAAUAACAAUCAACUGGAAACUAUCCAACCCAACAGUUUCAAUAACUUGAACAAUUUGGAAAUUCUCAAUCUGGGUGAUAACAAAAUCAGCAGUCUUUCUGAAAACGCGUUCACGGGUCUUAUAACUCUACAGGAAUUGAACUUGGGAUCAAACGAUUUGAGAAGCUUAGAUCCUCAAAAUUUGACUCAAAAUUUGAGGAGAUUAAAAACCAUUAAAUUGUCUAUAAAUUCUUUCGAUUGUGAUCGUUUGAGAAACAUUAUUGAAAUGUUCGAAAAAAAGGAGUUAAGGUGGCUAAAGGCCAUUCAAAAUCCAAAGAUACUGUUAAUGGAAUUGGAUGUUCAAAAACUUGAAUACUUAGUAAUAUGA